CAAACAGUUCAUCUAACAGUCUUGAAACGAAACGAACUACCUUUGAUCCAAGUUUUGACAAACCACGUUAUUCUUAGGUAAUUCUAAAUUCGUUGGCGUAAUUAUAUUCAUCCUUUGAUUCUAGUUUCAAUAACUCUGGUAAUAAUAAUCUUUGGGCAUGCAAGCGCUGACCAAAUAGGCAACAAAGAGGUUCACGGCUGGAUUUCAAGUCUCGUCUCUUGCAUUGGUUGAAUCAUGCCAUCUUCGCGUGUAUUCAGGAACCCAGCCUUUUUGUAAUAUUCGCAAAGGCGUAGGAGCUGACGAAGUGAUUAAAUUAGCGAGAAUGGCUGACUGAAAAGUGACAGCACAAUUUGUAAUAAAUCCGUUAAUUUCAAAUUAUAAUUUAAAGUUGAGGUGUGAACUUAUCAUGAUCGAGUUUCAGCACGAAUUAUAAUAAUCUUUAAUAUGGGAGGAAAGGAGUCAAGACCGUUGAACAUUUCUUACGAAGACGCAACUAAACGAGUCUCUGAUUCUGAGCUCAGAAGAUUACGAGAAGCUUUCAAACGGACUAGUACCAACGGGGUCAUAAACUUAAACAUAUUCACACAGGAUGUCCUUGGUGAUUGUGUACCAACGCAAGUUACAGAGUACAUAUAUGCAGCAUUCGGUGGAACACAGAAAGGCAUUGGCUUCAAAGAACUUCUGUGUGGUUUGGUUCUUCUGACAAGAGGACGGCAAGAAGAAAAGUUACGGUUCUUGUAUGACCUUUAUGCAAACGGAAAUGGAUCUCAGUUUGCAAAAGAUGAACUCGCUGGUGACAAGGGUUAUGAGAAAGUAGUAAAAGGCGCAAGUUAUGAAGAGUGGCAGGAUUGGCAACUCCAAAAUAUUGAAACCUCGGCCCUAUCUCGUUGGCUAUUAUCAACACCUAGUGCACUCACGCUUGGAAAUGAUUUGGAAACACCAACGUUUUAUCAAAGCCUAGCUGGAGUUACUCAUUUAGAGGAAACUGAUAUAAUUGAGUUGGAGAAGCAUUAUUGGACUUUGAAAGGUCAGUCUGCGACAGGGCGACUCGAUUUAGAAACCUUGGUACCUAUGAUUUCACCACCAAUGCCUCUUAGCGUGUGUCCCGGUCUCGUGGCAGCAUUUGAUGAAAACAGAGACAAUCACAUAGAUUUCAAAGAGAUGGCUUGUGGUAUUUCAGCCGCCUGCCGUGGACCACUCGUAGAACGAAUGAAAUUUUGCUUUAAAAUAUUCGAUGGAGACAGAGAUGGCGUUCUGAAUGAGGUUGAACUCAAACAUAUGUUAGAGGUUUUGAUGUUAGUUAGGGAUGAUGAAAUUGACAAAGGUAUAGAAGCAAAAGAAGAAAAAAAAGAUCUACCCAAUUCCCCUCUAACAAUGGAGGAGUGGCUCGUAUGGACAGCUGAGAAAGAAUUACCCCUGGCAUUUUUGAGGCUUUUGGAUCAGCUUUGCCAUGUAGUUCUGGGUCUGAGGCCUCCAGGGCGUUCUGAAGAGGGAGAAAUUGUGACAGGGUGGUUAGCGAGAGAAGAAAGAAGAGGCCUCAGAGUUGGUCAAUUCUGGUAUCUGGUUGCUGCUCAUUGGUGGAAUCAAUGGCGACGGUAUUGUCUAUUGGAUGUGCCCGUGUCAGACGGUAGUGGUAUUCCCGGCGAAUCAACAGCACCUGGACCAAUAGAUAAUUCACAUCUUGUAGAGCCUGCUAAAUAUAAAGUGCCUGCAUUAACUGGAGAAGGAGGUCGUCUGAGGCGCACAUUAAUGCUUACCGAAGGAAGAGAUUUUCAUUUACUUCCAGACGCAUUAUGGAAAGCCCUUGUGCAAUGGCAUGGUGGUGCCCCUUCCUUGCCUAGACAAGUUAUUCUGCCUGCAACAGGUGGAGAUCUUGAGCUGGAACUCUAUCCACUGGUGUUGCGUUUGCUUAUGCAUCGUGCAGUAGGUGUACAGCAGCAACCAUUACCAUUACCAUUAAACGGAGUUGGAUCAUGGUUGCCGUCAUCCUCAUCAGCUGGUGUUUACAAGCGUCAGUUGAUGUAUAUCGCAGCGUUUAGCCGGAUGGCCACUGCUGGUCAAGUUUACCAGUUCUUAUGCAACAGGCUACGAUUAAUAGGUGAAGAUAUACGUUUGUGGCAUGUGCGGGAAACUGGGGCUUUAGGGGGUGGAAUGACUCUUCUCGAAGAUGAGCAAGCUACUCUUGAGGAAUUGGGGCUUCAGGAUGAUAGCCAACUGCUGAUUGAGGUGCGGAACAAAGAUCAAACAUGGCCUGAAGAACUUGGGCGUCUGAGAGAUGCCAAUAAAGAUGAUGUAGGCAAAGGAGGAGGUGAAAAAGGUGCUACCGGCUUAAAUAACUUGGGUAAUACAUGCUUCAUGAAUGCAGCUCUGCAGUGUGCUAGCAAUACAGGUCCACUAACCCGAUACUUCAUAUCGGCUGCUCAUCUGCGAGAACUGAACACUAGCAAUCCGUUGGGUACACGUGGUCAUAUGGCCGUACGCUAUGCUGAACUUCUUCGAGAUAUUUGGAGUGGAUCUGCUCGUAGUGUUGCUCCUUUGAAACUUCGUUGGACUAUUGCAAAGUACGCUCCACGUUUUGGAGGUUUCCAACAACAUGAUUCGCAGGAACUCUUGGCAUUUCUUUUGGAUGGACUGCACGAAGAUUUGAACAGGGUCAGAGAUGCACCCUAUGUUGAGUUGGCUGACUCUGAAGGCCGAGAAGAUUCUCAGGUUGCUCAAGAAGCUUGGGAUAAUCAUCUCCUUCGCAAUCAAUCGAUUAUCGUUGAUUUGUUUCACGGUCAACUCAAGUCCACUGUUCGCUGUGAACAUUGUCAAUGGGAGUCUGUUAGGUUUGAUCCAUUCACCUACCUGACCCUACCCCUUCCCAUAGAGGGUGUGAUACGACGAGAGCUGUUAGUUGCACGAUUAGAUGGAGGUGUUCCGAUUCGAUACGGGCUCUUACUACCGACAGAUGCAGAUUAUGCGGCUCUCAAAACAGAGCUUAGCAAGUUAUGUGAUAUUCCAGCCGCACGUCUUUUAUUAGCAGAAGUUGUAGCUAAUAACAUCGAACGGUUCCCUUCUGACAGAGCUACAGUCCAGGAGGCAAAGGCAGGAACAAGACUAUAUGCUUAUGAAGUACCUGCCUCUCACUCUCCACCUAGCAGAAAUCAGCAACGUUCUUUGCCUGAAGCAUCUGAAGAACGUCGCAGUUUCAAGGCAAUUCAAAUGUCAGAAUCACCACCACCGCCGCCGCCGCUACCAUCAAUGGAAGGAAAAGAAUAUAACUACAGUAGUGAUAGUAGUUCGAAUAACUCUUUAUCCCAUGGUCAUGGAUAUAUUAUUGCUCUACAUCGUAAAAUGAUACGACAAGAUCUGUACUUUGCGAGUUCGCAAAAGACUCGACCUAGUUUGUUCGGUGUGCCCGUGGUUGUACCCUGCGGGGAUGGAACGACACAUCAAGAGCUGUAUAGAAGUGUUUGGCGACAAGUAGCGAGGUUGGUUACUCCGCUACCACCCACAGAGACAGCUGCCUCACCCAACCAUGCUCAAGAUUGUGAUGAUAGUUUGGGCUACGAAUUUCCUUUCGUUUUACGCGCGGUGGAUCGUGAUGGUCGAGUAUGCGCUUGGUGUCCAUGGUACAGAUUUUGUAGGGGCUGCCGGAUACGCUGUGAUGGAGAUUCAAUGAUAACGGAAUCGAUGAGCUCAGGUCUCCCAGUUACGCAUUUAGCGAUUGAUUGGGAUCCAACAGCUCUGCACCUGCGUUAUCAAACAGCUACUGAGCUUAGCUGCGAAGAACAUGAAAGUGCCCCGCGAGGAAGAAGCAUCGAAAGUGCCCCUUUACCUUUGUCGUCUUGCUUGUCUGCUUUUACUAGACAGGAAAGUUUAGAACGUUACCAUUGCCAACGCUGUGCGGAGCCAAGAUCUGCUACUAAACGUUUGCAGCUUUGGCGCUUACCCCCGAUUUUGGUGGUACAUUUAAAAAGGUUUCAUUGUGUACGUGGCAAGUGGGUAAAAUCACAAAAGGCAGUUCAGUUUCCUUUGAAAGACUUUGAUCCUUCCGAAUACUUGGCGGAUCCUCAACACCACCAUCGACUCAACCACCAUAGACUUCAAUCUUCCGUCAACCCACAGGAUGUCAAGUAUCAUCUAUAUGCUGUCGUCUGCCAUAGUGGUAUCAUGGGUGGUGGUCACUACGUGAGUUAUGCACGUAAUCCGGAUGGAGGACAGUGGUACUAUUAUAACGAUAGCAGCUGUCGAGAAUCCAGUCCUGAAGCUGUGGAAAAUGAAACAGCCACUACCGCGUACAUUUUGUUUUAUCAACGUGAUGGCCUAUCAGAAGAAAGGUACUUACCGUUAAUUUCUCCUGAUCAAGAGAGAGAUUCGCCUAGCCCCAAUUUAGAAUUUUCAGACCCAGAUGAAAGCGAACUACGAAAAAUGUGUACUAUCACUUAGGCAGGAAUUAAAAUCUAUGAAAACAUAAUUGAAUCCAAAGAGAGUAUCCCAAAAAUUCAAAUACACAAAAGAAGUAUGCCUUUUUCUUACAUCCUGGGAAGAGCGUCAUGUCACAUAAUUAUAGCAUGCGAUGCAUUCAAGGGUAACUUGGCAGUAUGAGUGUGUAGUGCAAAUAAUUGAGCUCAACUGCCGGUAAUUUGGUUAAUUCGACGGCAUAUCACAGCAUACGUAAUUAUAUUGACUGUUUGCUAACAUAUAAAGUAUACUUGAGCGCAUCAAUGAAAUUCAACACGAAAUUGUGAUCACAUAUGGAACAUAAUUUGUAUUAUUCCAUUCGACAGUGGAAAGCUUUCGUGAAAAUAGAAUAUUUUUUAUGAAACAGGA